UUCACCAUCAUGGCUUUCACUGGGAAAUAUGAGCUGGAGAGUCAAGACAACUACGAGGAGUUUCUGGAAAUAAUCGGGCUCCUCAAUGCCAAGACAGAGCAAAAAGUGGUAACGGAGGUGCUUCAGGAUGGGAAGGACUUCACCUGGACACAAACCCUUCCCAACUGGACCUGGUCCAACAAGUUCACCGUUGGACAGGAAUGUGAGCUGGCGACGAUGACAGGGGCUAAAUUCAAGUCUCCUGUCACCAUGGAAGGCGACAAGAUUUCAAUCCAGUUUCCUCAGUACCACUUCACAGCAGAGAUCAUUGAGGAUAAGCUAGUGAUGAAUUGCAUCACUCCAGGAGAGAAGGGUGUGACUUUCAAAAGAGUUAGCAAGAGGAUCUAAUGCUGCGAGACUCAACAUGCUUCAAUGGAAAAGAGGCUGCAUGCAGGAUGCAAAACACAUCAUAUAAAAUGCUCACUCCAAUUACUGAAGCAAGAGGAAUAAAGUAACCAUCUGUAGUGAGGAGCAAGUGGAGCAUCUCCUAG